CUCACUAUUUGGCCUUCAGUGCUGACCACCUUACUUGCCCGACUAACCUCAGGUAUCUGGCUACGUGGAUCGUUACAUUAUUUCAAUACCUGCGUCUAGUGCUUAGGUUAUUUAGAUAGCUUCAAAAUAAUUUUCUCUCAUUCGUGCGAAAGCAUACACUUUAAAGGCACACUAUACAAGGCAGAAAGCAAGCACCAGCAUGAUGGACCAUGGCACCCACGGCGACAUGCCUAUGGACCACGCUCACCGUUGCAGCAUGAAUAUGCUGUUUACUUGGAACACAAAGGAUCUCUGCAUUGUGUUUUAUUCAUGGCACGUUCAUUCUACUCUAACCCUACUUGGCUCACUUGUGGCUAUCGUUGCCCUUGGGGCGGGGUAUGAAUAUGUCCGCGAGAUCUCCCGCCGCUAUGAGCAAAGGUGCGCUGCGCAUGCGGCCACUCUUCCACGGAGGAACGCUGCAGAGCUUGACAGAAAGUCCAAGGUCAUCAAGGCGCUUCUAUACGCGAUACAGGUCUUUUAUAGCUUCUUCAUCAUGCUUUUGUUUAUGACGUAUAACGGCUGGAUUAUGAUUGCCGUAGCAGUCGGGGCGUUUGUGGGUUAUUUGAUCUGGGGCGGUUCGAGCGCGACGAAGAGCGUGGCAUGUCACUAAGCCUAUCAUCCAGAAUGUGGAGAAAGGUGGCGAUUGCAGCAUCACAGCUAAUGCAUGGUUGAAAUUUAAUCUUUUUUCAGCGGAAGGCAUCUAAGCUGCGGCGAUACUUCUAACUGCUUUAUCAUCCG